GAACUCCCCUCAAACACAAGGACUUGAAAAGCCACACGCCGGUGUGGGAGGCUCCUCUGUCCCGCUACAGGACCCAUUAACACAGACAGAAAAGGAGACUGCCACAGCAAACAAGUUUAUAUGAUAGUGUGUACAAAAACAGAACUAAAUAACAACAGCAGGGCAGCUGAGGGACAGACAGGCACUAUGAUUUGACUGCAAUACACAAUCUGCAGCAGACAGAGAUAGGCAGUUACGCAGAGAGACAGAUAGAGAGAUAGACUGACAGACAGAUAGGUAGGCAGGCGCACAGAAAGACACACAAGCGAACUCUAAUAGAAACCGUCCCAGCCGCUAUUACACACACACACACACACAGACUCUUUCAAUCUCCCUCCCGGUCUCGCUGCGAUGCUGGCGUUCCUCGCUCUCCUCGCCCUGGGCUCAGCGCUCUUUCUCAGCUUGGUUCUUCGGCGGGGUGGCAGGAAGAUUCUGUACAUUCCGGGCGCCGCCUCUCCAGCAGACCGCAUGCCCGGACCGUGGGCUCUGCCGGGUCUCGGCAACCUGCUGGAUCUGGGGCGAAGAGACCUGCCGGAGCAUCUCACCAGACUGGCGCGGCGGUACGGCGACAUCUACCGUCUUCGCAGCGGAAACACAGAUAUCGUGGUGUUGAACAGCAUUGAAGUGAUCCGUGAAGCUCUGCUGAAGAAAUGGUCCGACUUCGCUGGACGCCCGCACUCUUAUACAGCCGAGUGCAUCUCAUUCGGGGGGAAGGACCUGUCCCUGGGUGAUUACUCCCCCUUGUGGCGAGCUCAGAGAAGGCUGGUCCAUGGCGCACUGCAGCGCUGCCGAGCCACAAACCUGGAGAGUGUGGUGACCAGAGAAGCCAGACAACUGAGUCAGGAGUUGUCCCGCUAUGCCGGCCGCGCAGUGGACCUGUCCUCUGAUUUCUCCAUGUGCUCCUGCAACAUCAUCUGUACCCUCGCCUUCGGAACCCGGUUUGAGAAGGAGGACAGCGAGUUUGUUGGUAUCCACGCGUGUCUCAAUGAGAUUGUGGCGCUGUGGGGGUCUCCUCUGAUCAACGCACUCGACUCCUUCCCUCUGCUCAGAAAGCUUCCAAACCCUGCAUUUUCCAGGCUGCUGCGGGCUGUGAGCCGCAGAGACGAGAUUGUGAGCAAUCACAUCCAGCAGCACAAGGACAGAGCUGGGUAUGACGGUGAAGCUGACAUCACUGAUGUCCUGCUGCAGUCCCUGUCCCAGCCUGCAGGAGUGAAGGAGAGCCAGGAGCGAGUGACAGAGCAGCACAUCCACAUGAGCAUCGUGGAUCUGUUCAUCGGAGGCACUGAGACCACCGCGGCCUGGCUGUGCUGGGCUAUAGCCUUCCUGCUGCACCGGCCAGAGGUGCAGGAGCAAGUGUACUCUGAGCUGUGUGAUGUGCUGGGCUCCCAGCGCUACCCUCUCUACAGCGACCGAGACCGGCUGCCCUUCCUCACCGCCACCAUCAACGAGGUGCUGAGACUCAGACCAGUGGCGCCCCUCGCAGUACCGCACAGGGCCACUAGGGACAGCAGCAUCGCCGGGUACUUCAUCCCUAAAGACACAGUCGUGAUCCCAAACCUGUACGCAGCACACCAUCACCCCAGGAAAUGGACUGAUCCACACAGCUUCAGACCUGAGCGCUUUGUGAACAGUCUUGCCCUGCAGGUACCCCAGCAGUGUCUGCUCCCCUUUGGUGUGGGAGCGAGGCUCUGCCUGGGCGAGGCUGUAGCAAGGAUGGAGCUCUUCCUCUUCACUGCACACCUGCUGCGCGACUUCAAAUUCCUUCCCCCGCACGGCCAGGGUCCCCCAGACCUCACUGGAGAGGCCGGCAUCGUGCUCAAAUCCCGCCCCUUCCUGGUCAGGGCCCUCCCUCGACCAGGACUUCCUGUCUAGAGAAGAGAAUGGGGAGGGUUUAUUGAAUAAUAAUAGGGAAGGGGCGUGGCUUAAUAUGCAGGAUUGAUUUUAAGAUUUUAAUGUUAACAUAUAAAGCUCUAAAUGAGGUGGCUCCAGAUUAUUUGAUAGAGAUGUGUGUGUGGUGGUCAGCUAGCUGUGCCCUUCUCUGUGUCCCAAGGGUAAAGCUAAAGAGGUAGGGUUUUGUGUUCAAGCUCCUUGACUCUGGAAAUCCACUGAGUCAGUUAAAAGUGCUCCCUCCCUGGAAAUUUUUAAGUCCGGGCUCAAGACAUAUCUUUGUAACUUAGCCUUUUAAUUUCCACUUUCUAAGCUUAUUUGUAUUUCAUUCAUAUUUUUAUUGUAUGUUUAAAAUAUACUGUUUUUAACUGUCUGUAAAGUGUUCUGAACCAUUGUUUAUGAAAGGUGUUCUAUAAAUACAGGUUGGUGUUAUUAGUAUUAUUAUUUUUAAUAUUAUUAUUAUUAUUAUUUAUUUUUUUUUUUUUUUAUUAGUAUGUGGGAGGCCUGGCUUCAAGUUGUAUUAAAAAAAUGAUGCGCAAAGAGUUCUUUGAGGGUGUGGGGUUCUAGUUUAAUGGGUGGGGCUUCUAUCAUAAACUGAUAACAGUGAUGUGGCCUAUCAUAAGAGGUGUGACCAGUAGGUGAGGCUUGUAUGUUAAUGUGGUAGGAAAAGGGGUUGGGCUUAUUAUUUAAGAGUGGGAGGGUCUAGUUUGUGGGCGUGGUUUGUUAUUAAAGAGGGUGGGGUUCAGGUUUAGUAGGUGGUGCUUUUUUAAAUUUAUAGACAAGGGAUAAGGCUUUGCUUCUUGGGGGUGGGGCUUAUCUCUGAAAGCUGGUGGGUAAGGGUGUGGCUUGUUAUUUGAGAGGGAGGAGUUCCAGUUAACUGGUCUCAUAAUGGGCAGCCGUGUGUUUUAUUGUUAGUGGGAGCUGGAAUUUAUAGAGUGUAGCGUGUAAUAAACUAUGACUUCCUUGUAUACUGUUUUAUUUUCUCUGAGUGCAAUCGAAGGCAAAACCACAAGGAUUAAAAUAACCAGUUUGACUCUCAAA